AUGGGUUCAAUAUUUGAAUUGAGUGUUGUGAAGUGCGCAAGAAGUAAAGGCUCAGAUUCGGGUACAAGUACAACAUUUGAUGUGACCAAAUUUGGAGCUAUAGGAAAUGGGAAAACAGAUGAUGCUAAAGCAUUUACAUCGGCAUGGGAAGCAGCCUGUAACAAAGGUUUGGGAACAAGUAAGAUUACUGUACCAAGUGGAAAGACAUUCUUGGUAUCUGCUAUCAAAUUUGCUGGCCCAUGCAAAUCAAGAUCCAUAACUUUUGAGAUAUUGGGAACCAUUGUUGCAGUUCCAAAACAAGCUUGGGGGAAAGGGGGUGGCGAUGGUGAUGCGUGGAUCUUGUUUCAUCAAGUUCAAGGCCUUUCUGUUGUGGGAAAUGGGAAAGGUGUAUUUGAUGGCCAAGGUGCUUCUUGGUGGCCCCGUGAACGUAAAAAUGAUUCACCAACAGCAUUGAGAUUUUCUCAUUGCGACAACCUUAGUGUGAGCGGAUUGAAACAUAUGAAUAGCCAAAAAAACCACAUUUCAAUAAAUGGAUGCAAUCAUGCGAAUAUUUCAAAUCUCCAUAUUACUGCACCUGGAACUAGUCCUAACACAGAUGGCAUUGACAUAAGUUCUUCAACAAAUCUUUCCAUCCAAGAUUGUGUUAUGGCAACGGGGGACGACUGCAUCGCGAUCAAUGGAGGCACUUCUGGUGUUAAGAUUUCAAGGAUCACAUGUGGUCCUGGUCAUGGUAUAAGCAUUGGGAGUUUAGGUAAAAAUGGGAAACACGAAGAAGUUGAAAGAAUACUUGUAGAAAACUGCACAUUUAUUAAGACCCAAAAUGGUGUGAGGAUCAAAUCAUGGCAGGGAGGGGCAGGUUUUGCAAAGAACAUCACAUUUUCCAACAUAAACUUGGAAUCAGCUGACAAUCCUAUUAUCAUAGACCAAUACUACUGUCCUCACAAAACAUGUGAUACCAAGGAUGGUGCUGUGAAAGUGAGUGGUGUGAAGUACAUUGGAGUCCGUGGAACGACGGUGGCGAAGGACGCAACGAUAGACUUGAAGUGCAGCAAGACGGUGCCGUGCACGGAUAUAGAAUUCAGCAACAUCAACAUCAAAAGUGUUGGUGGACAUGCUGAUAGUGCUAAAGCAAAGUGCACCAAUGCUCAAGGAACUGCUCGUUCUUGCACUCCUCCCAUCCAUUGUGUCAAAACAUAG